CCCUUCGGCAACCCCUCCCGCUCCACCGCCGUCCACCACCACUCUACCCCGCCGCCAUCCCCUGCGUCGCCCGCCGCCCGCCGCCACCACUCUCCUCCGCGGCCAUCCCUGUGACAACGCAGACCCCGCCCCUACCGUCCGCAGUCGGCCGCCACCACUCCCCUCCGCCGUCGGCCACCAACUGUGUUAUUACGCCUGGCUGCGUUUAGGGGAAGCAAUCUGGCGGGAGACGGGGGCGGGAGAAGAGUUGAUUUCCUUGUGCAAUCGGGGAAGAGAGGACUAAUUUCGAAUUCAGAGUCUGUUUGCUCAAAACUUUUAAUCACGAUCCUCCUCCCUUUCGAAGGAGAUUAGUCUGCUUUGUGGCGUCGGCCUAAAUAAACACAACAGGAGGAGAAGGAGGGCGAUUUCAGGCCAGCUCGGGCGUCCGCCAUUGUCACAGAUCCAACAAAGUACAUACGGCAAAGACAUUUGUUCAUCCGAUCAUCAGCCAUGAAGAACAAAAGCAGUCGUCGCAGACGCAAUCUAAAUGCAACGCAAAAAGCAACUCGCGACGAAGCCGCUGCAAGCAAUGUAAUCGAAAACAGGCUUAGCAAUCUGCCCAAUGACCUUCUGCUCAACAUUCUGGAGAGGGUGGACACGCUCGAUGCUAUAAGGACUUGCAUCCUCUCCAAGCAAUUGCUGAAGCUCCCUACCAUGCUCUUGCGCUUCUACCUAACUUUCAGCCUCAAGCAAGUGCUCAGAACCAACCGUGUUGUGGCUCAUGUAACGGAUAUCAUCUUGAGCACAAGGAGCCCGGAAGUUACCAUCAGCGAACUCAAAAUUAGAUUUGUCUUGUUGCCUGAUAACUCUCUCACCAUUGGAAGAUCUGUCGCCCGUGCCAUGGCAACCCAGAAGGUUGGCACAGCUGAGUUUGAGAUUGUAACGAAGAAGCAUCAUGGCCUCUGCUCUUCUGCUGACCUCCUCCAGUUUGCGAAACAGUUCAAUGAUUUAUUUGGUGCUUGUCCGCGUGCAUUUGCUGGCCUUACGAGCCUGUUGCUGGAAAAUAUGAGGUUUGGUGAACUGGACAUUCCCAAGAUCCUCAGCACUUCCAAGCGCUUGGAGUAUUUGCGUUUAACCCGUUGUGACUCAGGGUUCCAUUCUGUGGUGCAAGUAGAACAUGAUCGACUUGUUGAGAUUGAGGUCGAGAUAUGUGUACCAAAACUCCAACGGUUGACCUAUGAUAAUUGGUUCUCUUCUGAGUAUCCGUUGUAUUUUGGUUUUCUACCACAGCUUUCAAAGCUGAGCCUUAUUAAAACUGGCAUUCGUUCGGACAAGACUCUCGAGUUAAGUCAGCUCCUUGCUAAUGUUCCUUCCCUAGGCGAUCUGCAUCUGGAUUUUGGAAGUGAAAAGAUUUGGAUUCUACCAGAAUGCCCAAAACUAGUCACGCCUGUGCUCAACAAAUUACAACAUGUGAAUCUGGACCAUCUUCCUGAAGGAUGUGAUUUAGCUUGGACAAUGUUUAUUCUUAAAGUUGCACCCUCCCUAAAAGAGUUGUGCAUCACAGUGUGGGAUCAUUGGUGCAUAAUGAUAACAAACAAAGAGUUGCGGAAGAAAUAUUGUUUCUGCGAAAAGGCAGACGUGAAGUGGAAGCCAUAUGCCCCUGAUUUCAAGAACAAGAAUCUGGCUAAGCUCACCAUCUAUGGGUUCCAACCCGAUGACAAUUUUAUGAGAUGCAUAGGAUGUGUUGUGGAACAUGCGGUUAAUAUAACAGAGAUAUCUUUGUACGGCAGAAAGGUGUGUGGGCGCUAUGGUGACUUGGAUCCUGAGAUCCAUGACAAUGUUUGUCCAUCAAGAUAUCCACCGACAACCGAGGAGCGGAAGUAGAUAACUGAGGGGUUGGGUUUGGCUUCGGGUGCUGUGGUUCACUUACAGUCCUAAUUGGAAAAAUGAGAUGCAUAACAUUACUAUGGUACUCCCUCUGUAGACAAAUGUAGGACGUUUAGAUCACUACUUUAGUGACCUAAAACGUCUGCAUUUCUUUACAGAGUUAGUAGUAUGUUGCAGUUUUUAAGUCAUAUGUACUAUCGUCUUCAUAAAUGGAAGGAGUUGAUGAAAGUUAUUGUGCUUGUACGCUUUCAUUUCAAUUGAAGCUUUU